AUGACAAUGAUGAAUAAUCAUAUGUAUCGGCCAUCAAUGACAAAUAAUCCUUCAUAUUUAUCCUUUCAACGAUCAACUUAUCCAAUAUCACCAAUCACGCUUAAUCCACGUAUACCAUUGGAUGUACGUUCACCAAAGUCACUUUCGGACGGAAGUAUAACCAAUUCAUCUAGCUCCUGUUCCAGCUCUUUACAACAUCAUUUUUACAGUGGUUCGGUAUUAAAAUUUGCUGAUAAAAACGAAAAUGGUAAUGGAAAUGAUUGUACAGUGGUUAUGCCGCAUGAUCAAACAUUGCCUUCAUGGUCUCCUGCAUCCGUAAACAAUAACAAUGCAAAAACGGAAACAAAUGAUCGUCGAAAUCCACCGCGUAAUCCUGGUGUUCCAUCUACUCCAGAAGCAUAUUUCAUUAUGGAUGAAUCAGUUGAAAUUUUUGCCCGCAAAGUUUUCGUCGGUGGUCUUCCAAUUGAUGUUACAGAGGAUGAAAUAACAUCAACAUUUUCACAGUUUGGUCCAGUACUUGUUGAUUGGCCACGUCGUCCUGAUACCGGUGCUAAAGAAAGAUCCACAGCACGUCACAUGACUGGUUACGUCUUCCUGGUAUUUGAAGAUGAGCGUUCAGUGCAACUGUUAGUGAAUAGCUGUCAUAAGGAGGAUGACAAAUAUUACUUAUUUGUUUCUAGUCCAACAAUGCGUGAUAAACCAGUACAAGUACGACCAUGGCGUCUAGAUGAUAUGGAAUUUAUGCUUCGAGAGGAUAUGCCAUUGAAUCCACGAAGAACUAUUUUCAUAGGUGGCGUACCUCGACCAACAAAAGCUCGAGAAUUGGCAUGUGUUCUAGAUCAUCUUUACGGAGCGGUUUGUUAUGUUGGAAUUGAUAUUGAUCCGGAAUUGAAAUAUCCAAAAGGUGCUGCUCGAGUUACAUUCACCACCGAAUAUUCAUUCAUUGCAGCUAUAAGUGGACGUUUUGUGCAUAUACCACAUGCUGAUAUGAGCAAACGAGUCGAAAUAAAACCAUAUGUAAUCGACGAGCAAAUGUGCGAUGAAUGCGAAGGUGCACAGUGCGCCGGUCGUUACGCACCGUAUUUUUGCGGUGACGUAACUUGCUUGCAGUACUAUUGUGAAUCAUGCUGGGAUUGUUAUCAUUACGGUGAAUAUUCUGAUAAGAAGAAAGCUUCCCAUAAGCCGCUUGUUCGUAUUGGUGAUCAAACUAAGGUCUUAGCUCAUCCACCACAUCAUAACCAUUUACCAAAUAACAAAAUGACAUCAAACACAACCGCAGUUGUUGAUUGCUGUCAUUACACUGAUGCGACAACAUGCGUUAAUGUACGCUGCUCACAGCAUUACUGA